AUGGGAAUAUCAGGCAUGUUAAAGUACUUGUCUAAACUAUUAAGGAGUGUCAAAAAACGCAAGAAGUUCAAACAUACGCGAACAUCCGUCUCGCUGAAAAUCAGGAUGGAUUGUAACGGUUGUGUCCGCAAGGUGAAGAAAGCCCUUUCUCGCGUCAAAGGGGUAAAAUCGGUAGAGGUGAACUUGAAAGAACAGAAGGCGACGGUUAUAGGUUAUGUGGAUCCAAAGAAGGUAAUGGCGGCAGCUAAAAAGACGGGGAAGAAGGUGGAGGCGUGGCCUUAUGUGCCUUAUAAUUUGGUAGCACAUCCUUAUAUGACUCAAGUUUAUGACAAGAAAGCACCACCUGGCUUUGUUAGGGCUACUAACGACAUUUCCAUAGCUAGGUUGAAUAGUAAUGAAGAACAAUAUAUAAACAUGUUCAGUGAUGAAAACCCUAAUGCUUCUUGUUCCAUCAUGUAG